UGACCCAAAUCGUUGAUCGGACCACUGGCGCUUGUAAAUUCGGUAACACAACGUCGUCUGCCACCGUAUCAUCCGAUUCUUGUCAGUUUAAGUCACUUAUUUGCCAUAUUUUCCGUCAGACUAAGAACAGGAAAUAGAAUUCAAUCAUGACGAUUGCAGGAGCCGGCAGUUCUCUGGUGGAGGGGGCGAUCGGGCGAUGGCAGGACACGAGUACGAUGACGAUGGUGCUGGUGACCACGGCGUUCGUGCUCGUGGUCGGGGCGGUGUUCCGCAAGAUGUUGGGAGGAACACAAGGAAAAUCGGACAUCAAGUUGCCUCCAAGCAUCCCUGGUAUCCCAUUUCUCGGCAAAGCAGUUGAAUUUGGAGAAAACCCUAUCAAGUUUCUGGAGGAUUCUUAUAAAAAGUAUGGUGAGAUUUUCAGCUUCACGAUGAUCGGACAAACCUUCACCUAUCUCAUUGGUCCGGAGUCAAGCGCUGUCCUCUUCAACAGUAAAAAUGAGCAGCUGAAUGCGGAAGAGGUGUAUGGCCGGCUGACCACACCCGUAUUUGGAAAGGGCGUGGCUUAUGAUGUUCCAAAUGCAAAAUUUCUUGAGCAGAAGAAGAUUCUCAAGAUGGGUCUGAACAUCGCUCAGUUUCGCAAGCACGUUCCACUUGUCCAAGACGAAGCUAAAAACUACCUGAAAAGAUGGAAGGAAGAGAGGGGCCAAGACAAUCUGUUCAUAGCAAUGUCAGAGUUGAUCAUUCUUACAGCAAGUCGCUGUCUGCAUGGGAAGGAAAUCCGCUCCCAGCUCGAUGAGCAUGUGGCCCAGCUGUACAUGGAUUUGGAUGGCGGCUUCAGUCACCUGGCCUGGUUGUUCCCCAGCUGGAUCCCCUUCCCGAGCUUUCGUAAAAGGGACCGCGCCCACCUGGAGGUCAAGAACAUCUUCUACAAGGCCAUUCAACAACGGAGAGCAUGCGAGGAUCCCGAUGAUGACAUGCUGCAGACACUGAUAACAACAACAUACAAGACUGGCGAGCUGUUGACGGAUGACGAGGUCGCGGGGAUGUGCAUAGGUCUACUGCUGGCCGGGCAGCACACGUCUUCAACUACUAGCUCCUGGCUGGGAUUCUUCCUGGCAAAAGACAAAGAUCUACAGGAACGCUGUUAUCAAGAGCAACUGAGGAUAUGCGGAGGUGACAUAGACGAACCAUUAACUUAUGACGAGGUGAAAGAGAUGACGCUAUUGGACCGCUGCCUGAAGGAGACCUUACGGAUACGCCCACCCAUCAUGACCAUGAUGAGAGUUGCAAAGGAGCCCGUGACUUUCAAGGAUUACGUCAUUCCCCCUGGGCAUCAGGUAUGCGUCUCACCGACGGUCAAUCAACGCAUUGAGGACCAAUGGAUGCCGGAGCCUUUGACCUUUAACCCUGACCGGUUCAUUGAUGAGAAUGCCUCAAACAGUGACAAGUUCUCGUACGUCCCAUUCGGAGCCGGUCGCCACCGAUGCAUCGGGGAGAAUUUUGCCUACGUCCAGAUCAAGACCCUCAUGUCCGUUCUCAUACGCAAGUACGAGUUGACGCUCGUCGACGGGUACUUCCCAACCAUCAACUACAAUACUAUGAUCCACACACCGUACAAACCCAUCAUCGGGUACAAGCUCAGGAAGUAGGGCUCCCUCUAGUGUCCAAAAGUGUCGCAUUGGGUUUUGAGUGGGAAGGAUUACAUUGCAUAUCGGACUUACAUGUGUGGUUUGGUGUGAAAACGAGGUGGAGAAAAUACAUGGUGUAUUUUACAAUUCGCUUCUCAACUUGUAUAUGAUCAUCAAACGCACAUGAGCAGAAAUUGAGAAAUAAGACAAAAUGUGUUUAAAAUCACAUACAAUUUCAGAAAUAAAGCUGCCACUUACGAAAUACCAAACAAAAUACAUGUUUAUAACGUUUAUUAUCUUAAAGUUUUAGUUGAACUAAUGGCCAGGUUGAUUUUUAAGUUUUUAGAUUUUUUGCCAUCAGCCAAUCAGAAGUUUGCUUUGUUAGAUACUAGCCAUUUAAUUUUAGCAAGAAGGCAUUCCAUUGGUAGAUUUGUUGUAGAUUAUGUACUUUUCUCCAAAAUUGUAAAGUGCAAAGAUUAAAAAGGCUUAAGUAAAGAAAUGGUUUAAGCAUGAUGUUAUAGAAAAUCUUGUAUGAUUAUUCCAAAGAAUUAAAUAUUAAGACAAAUUUAAUGUGGUUGUAAAUUGUCUUAAAAUAUUUUAAAUGUCCUCAAAUAUUAAAACAUCUUAAUGUCUGAAGAAUGACAUCACAAGACAACAAAAUACCAGCAAAAUGAGUUUUUUUGUUCAAAUGUUUGGAGACUAUUUUAUUGCCAUUCUGUGCCUUGCAAAAGUUUGAAAAUUUACAAAAAGUGAAAUACAAUUUCGACAUUUUGUUCAAACUUGCAUAAUUUGCAUUACACUUUUGUGACUACUUUGCAUGUGUGCAGUAAGUAUACUAGUGUGUACAUAUCUAAUGACAUACAAAGGUUCUUUUGAGUUAUCGUAAAAGUUUCUGUUUUUGCAAACAUUGUCCACACUUGUGUUCUUCCCGAGACCCUGUGAACAUUAAAUGGAAGGCUGCGAGGGUGGGACUCGAACCCUCUAUUUUCUGCUGGUGGGAAUAUUUCCAGCACUUGACCGGUUUUUUUUUCUUUUUCGUCCAGCCUUUUGGAAAAACACCCUGACAAAGAAUUGUUCAUGUACAGCUUAAAACUACUUGCCGCAUCAAAUCUCCAAACGCAAAAAAUAUGUAAUGCUUUUAGAGAAGCACUGAUUGUAGGUAACAUUAUAAAGUAAAUGAAAAAAA